AUGAGGCUUCUAGCUACUCAACUUUUAUAAAGGACACCAGCAGGCUGUUGUCACUGGGUGCAGUAUGUAAAUGCAUCCCCGCAGACGGUGAAAGGAGCCUGACAGUCCUGCUGGUGUUUAUUGUGAGCAGAUCAACAAGUAUUUGGUUUGUUAGAAACCUCUCAGAGUUUAGGAAAGCAACAUUGCUUUUGCAGUCUGGUGCCUUUGGCCUUGCAGGCACUUAACCCUUGCAAGUGUGAACAGCAUUCAUCCUUGGAGCUUGGCUUGCUGAUAGUGAUGGCUGCCCUUCCGUUUACUCCUGAGGAGGAAGUUACUGAGCUGGGAAGGAUAUCCCUGUUGUCACAUUUUGAAACUUUAUAUCCACUGCAACAGAACCUGCUACUAACAGUAGGCAGAGCUUCGGAGUGAAUUCAUUCUCAGUUUGGAUCUCUUGGCUCUGAUCUUUAAUGAUGUCUGGUAAUAAGUUAAGAGCUUUUUCCCCUCCUCAGGCAAGGAAUGAGAUAGGCCUUUACUAGUAAACUGAUACUAAGUAGGGUAGUGCUUUUGCGCUGUAAACAACUUGCAUUCUGUUUUAGGAUCUAAUGUAAUGGGCAUUUGAAGAGCAACAUUGUAGUCUUUGCAUGAGGGACAGCCAGCCCGGUUAAGCCUGCUAGGCAAAGGAAAAUGAUAUCCAGGAAAAGAGAAGAGCAGCGCUAGUCGUGGAAGUGCUGUGUUGCUCCGGUAGACCAGGGAAGAUGGAGUGGUUUCAUUUCCCUGGUAUUUGAAAGACAAAAAUGGAGACUAAUAAUGCUUGGAUUUGGUUAUGACCGUGCCAGUCUGUUUACAGUUUUAUGACCACAAAGCUAAAUGGAUGAAUUUCUUUUCUUCCCCCUGGGGUCAGGAUUGAGAGAGCUACCUCCAUACUCCUCGCAGGGGGUUUAUGAGUUUGUACUGUUUAGUGAGUUUAUGUGGUUGGUAGACUGCCUGUGGCCCGGUCAGGUGAAGCAUUGCUGAGGUUAAAAUGAGCUAUUAUUUCUGGGAGGUAAAUACAAGGGAAGCAAGAUACACAAUAAAGCACAGAAGUUUAAAUUUCACACACUGCCUUGGAGGUCCUGGAUGAUAUUUUGCAGCAUAUUUUGUAGCAAAAUGUGAAUGUGUGGUUUUCAGUGCACAAAUAAAUUCAUGGUACAAUAAGUAUGAAAAAUGUACCAUGAAAGACAAUAUCUUUCCUCUCUGGAUUUCGUUUUAAGAGGGUUUGGUAAAUAGAAGUGGUACUUUGUCAAAAAAAACUCAUGUAUGCCUAUUAUGAAAAAAUCUUGCAUGGGCUUCAAAUGUUUUUGUACCAAAAUGAACUUACCUUUUUAAUCCUAUUUUGCCAUGACUUUUUUUUUUUUUUUUUUUUUGAAGUGAACCCAGGGUCCCUGAAUUGUCUUUAAGAGAAAGGUCAAAGAAAAGCCCUCUGGCCAUCAGAUUGUAUGUCUGAUAUCUGUAGAUUGCCUUAAGUUUCAACAUCCCCAAGUUGUCUGGGAGUCCUGAGAGAGGCCGUGGGUAUGAGAUUAUGAAAAUAUUAAUAAACAUUUCUCGGCUCCUAUUUUUGUUGCUAGUGUAGAAUUCAAGGACUCACAUUCCUUUUCUGUACUGUUGUGUUUUUUAUUUAUUUAUUUUUCCCAUUCUGAAAUGUCAAGUGGAUUUUGGUUUUGCACAUGCCUUGAAUGAUUGUUUCUGGUGAUGAACACAUUGUAACACCUGGCUCAUUUUGCUUCCUAUUAGAAGGUAGUCACUAAACAAGUUCAGUAGAAUGAUGAAACUCACAAAAGCAGCUCUGUGGAGGAGUUAACUCUUUAUACUAUGGUUAUCUGUAGUUUCUACUCUGAAAUGCUUCCAUACUUGCACAGGUAAAGGGACUUAGAGCAGCCUAAGGGGGUGGGAGGUAUGUUGACUUCCACUGCUAUAUAUUUUCAGAGUAAUUCACUAGUUUGCAUGGCUGCCUUCUGGAGGCAUUUAGAUCGGUGCAGCUUAAUUGCUUCAAAGAACAGAUUUAGUUCCGGUCAUACUUCCAAGGUUAUCAGAAGCAGGCCCUCCUUAUUUGGUGAAAUGCAUUGAAAACAAUAAACUGUAGAAAUCCCAAUAGAGAUAGUAAUUUUCUGUUCUAGGCUAUUAAGACUUUUUUUUUAGAAGAUAUUAAUUUUUUAGUCAUCAAUUAGGCUGUUCACAUUUUAGUUUCAUUUAAUUUAAUGGAAUAAAUUUACUUAAAAUUUCUUUAAGAAGUGUUAUAAGAAUGAGUAUAUAUAGUGUUUCAUAGAUUUUAAAAUUCUGGCUGACAACUGUAACUGGAUCAAGGUUUUAAAGAAUGCAGAAUUGUAUAAACUUGUAGAAGAAAUAAAAAGAUUGUUGUUUAGGUGAAUAAUCUAUUUCUGGCAAAUGCUUUUGAUUGCUUCUUUCAUAUAAAUAUUUAUAUGUUUUUGUGCUUGUAAAUAUGGUAACAUUUUUAAGCUUUUUUCUUAUUUGUUUAUUUUAAUUUUAUUUUUGAAAGGCAGAAAAGAGAGAGCUCCUUUCCCCUGGUUCACUCUCCAAAUGCUUGAAACAACCAGGGCUGGAUCAGGCUGAUGCCUGAAGUCAGGAGCCAGGAACUGAAUCUGGGUCUCCCACAUGGAUGGCAGGCACCUAAUUAUUUUUUUAAGAUUUAUUUUAUUUAUUUGAGAGGCAGAGUUACAUAGAGAGAGGGAGAAACGGAGAGCGAGAGAGAUCUUCCAUCUGCUGUUUUACUCUCCAAAUGGCCGCAGCCCCAAAGGGCUGGGCCGGGUUGAAGUGUGCCCAUCUUCUGACGCUUUCCCAGGCAGCUUAGCAGGUAGCUGGACCUAAAUACUUUAGCCAUCCUCUGCAGCUCCCCAGCCUGCACAUAAGCAGGAAACUGGGUUGUAAUUAGAGUAGCUGAGGUUCGAAUCCUGGCACUCUGAAAUAGAAUGUGGGUGUCCAAAUGAACGACUUAACUGCGAGACCAAAUGCCCACCUGAGUAACGUAUUUUAUGACCCUCUGUAAGGUCAUUUGUAAUGUGGACCUUUCAGACUAAUGAAGUGUAGGUAUUUGUACUACAUAUUACUACCAUCAUGAACAUGCUGAAACAUGGUUAGAAUUAUUACAACAAGCAUUAUAUUUUGUUUGAUAUCAAAGCACAAAUGUGUCAUUGAUUUUUCUAUAAUUUUGAAGGCAUCCCAUUUGUGGAGUAAAGAAAACACAAUGAUAAUUGCCAAAGUGUAAGCAAUACUGGUGGUCUACCUGAAAGCUACUUUUCAGAAAAUUUAUUGUAGUAUAAUCAGAGUUUGAGACUUAAAGGGGCAGAGAUUUGCCUAAUUACAGUGUUUUGACCUAAGAGAAACUCUCUCUCUCUCCUCUCUCUCUCUCUCUCUCUCUCUCUCUCUCUCUCUCUCUUUUUUUUAACCACUUAGAUACCCUUUAACCUAAUGGGCUUCCAGGGAGUAUUUAGCAGAAGUUUUCAGUGGUAAUUAUGAGCGCUGCUAACUUAUGUCACUUAAACUUCUAAUGCUCAAAGUCCAUGUAUUUUCUUGUCACUGCAAGUGACAGCCUUCACUGUGCCCUUGGCUUUGGCCUCCUCUCCCCUAAGUUUCCUGGUCUUUCCUGACCAUCGCAUCAAGAUUAUUUGGGCCAUCUUUCUUGACAGUCUUCAGUACUAAUUAAUAUUCUAUUCUGUUGCUCUGCUGUGCUUUUAAAGUGUUAACUAUUCCAUCUGUAGCAUAUAUGACUGUGUAAAACAUUCUAUGGAUUUUCUUGUAUGUUGUUGGUCUGUUUUUUGCAAGGCAUCCGCACUGUCUUACUUUCCUCCUUGUGUUUCUUCCUUCACAUGGAAUUUAGUUAAUAAUCUGAACUCUCUUUAUUACCCUAACUAGUGUAGCAACACGGAUGCUUUUGUAAUAACUAGGCAUACCAACAUGAGAGUAAAUUAAUAUUUUACAGCCUUUGCAUCAUGUUUGACUGUUCUCUGCACUUUAGCAGAAUAGGAGGAGACAGUAAUGUGAACUCUAUAAAGUCUUAUCUGCCAGGUAAUAUGUAAAUAGGAUUGUGUGCACACACGUCGAUAUCUAAACACUCUCCCAACUGUGAACCCUUAAAGCCGGUCUGCACAUCCACCGUACCUGCAGCUUGUUUGCAGACGAGUAUCCAGUGUUUUCAUGAGACAUUGGAGGUCCUACCAGAUAAAAUCAGGACACCGCCUCUUCACCCCAGCCCUCAGAAGAAGUGCUGUGAAAGAUUAAAUCAAAUCGCCAUUUCGCUUUGCCUUUAUUUAUAUUUGAAACUUAGCAAGAUUCUUGGUGGAGGGAUGGUGUCGUCUAAGGAAUUGAAAGGCAUUAUACCUACAGCAGUGUGCCUUGCUUGUCUGUACACCCAGGUUAAACAUGGGGGAACCCAGGACUGCAGAAAUGACUUCGUUUGUGUAGCGGUCCCAAUCAUGCAAUAGCUAUUUAAAUAAAGGCUUGGUGAAUGGAUUAGUUAGAAGGAAGAAUACUUUGGCCACUAUUCAUUACUUUGAGAAGUGCUGGAAAGAAUUGGAAGUUAUUUCCCUUCCAGCUGGGCUGUGCUCUUAAAAAUAGUGAGUGUGUAUGGAUGAAAAUAAUCCUGACGACUGAGAUGCGUUGCCAUGUACCCAGAGAUAAUUGGCUCACUCACCUGUUUACAGAUUAUUCACAUUGGAGAUCAUAUUCAUCGCUCCAGAAUAGUUUCUUUCUGACACCCAAUACAAUCCCAGGCCUUCUCCUUCCUACUGUUACCUGGCGUGAGCUUAGGAAACCCAAACUAAAUUUAAAAUCAGCCUAAACAAACAUGCAGAUCAGCUGCAGGCCUCAAAGACUGAAAAUCAGUCCAGCACUUACUAGUUUGGGGAUUCUAAUAACUAUGCUACCAAUUCUUUUGGUGUAGUGUGGAUAAUUCAGAAUUACCAGUGUUUAGAAAUAUAAUUUUAACAGAGCUAAAAAGUAUGUUAGCAGAUCAAGUCCUCAAUGUCUUCCAUUUCUAUGUAUAGGUCUUUACCUCACAACACUGCUACAAGCACCAGGCUCCCUGAUGGAAAGGGCCAUCGUGCAACAAACCCCUGGGGUGAUCCCUUCGAGACGCAGGCUUGGGUUUCAUCCUCACACCAAGUGCUCCUCCUCCACGGCCUCGGCAGGGAAGUGCGUCUUAUGUCAGCAUCCUGGGGCAUCAUGUGAGAGUCUGCUCUGAGGCCUCCCUAAAUUGUGCUGCCACACACCAGGAGCGAGAGGGCAAGAGUGGGCUGCGACGAGGGGCUUGCACCACAGCUCGUGUUUGGUCCAGGCAUCCGACACUGAAUCUCUCUUCUGCUAUCCUUUGUACUCAAGCAAAAUCUCCGUGCAACACAUCUGCUUAGAAGAGACUGACUGUGCACGGUUCUCCAUUGUGAUGAAAGCACAUGGUACUGUUUUCCAAAGAGAAUAGCCCAAAAUUGUCUUGGCGAAAAGAAAACCAACCUGCUGUUUUCGCAGAAUAUUUGCCAUCUCUCUGCGAAAGGAAGAAAGCCCAGGAGCCCUCCAGCUUCUGUGGGAUGUCUGCGUGGUGAAGCAUAGGCCGAGGCUAGCUGGGAACGGCGUGCAGUGAAUGUUAAUCCAGAGCUGCCGCUGGCCGAGUGCACCCACGGGGAGAUGAUUCCUCAUGAAGAACCUGGAUCCCCUACAGAAAUCAAAUGUGACUUUCCGUUUAUCAGACUAAAAUCCGAGCCAGCCAGCCAGUGAAGCAGUCACCGUGGAGGGAGGGCGGCGAAAGAUGAAAUCCACGCAGGAGCGGAGCAAUGAAUGCCUGCCUCCCAAGAAACGCGAGAUCCCGGCCACCAGCCGGCCGUCCGAGGAGAAGGCUGCGGCGCCGCCCAGUGACAACCACAGGGCGGAGGCCGUGGCCUGGCUCCCUGGCAACCCUGGCGGCCGAGGCCACGGGGGCGGGAGGCACGGGCCGGCAGGGACCUCGGUGGAGCUCGGUUUACAGCAGGGAAUAGGUUUACACAAAGCAUUGUCCACUGGGCUGGACUACUCCCCACCCAGUGCUCCCAGGUCGGUCCCAGCGGCCACCACGCUGCCCGCGGCGUACCCUCCCCCGCAGUCAGGGACGCCCGUGUCCCCCGUGCAGUACGCUCACCUGCCACACACCUUCCAGUUCAUCAGCUCCUCCCAGUACAGCGGCCCUUACGCCGGCUUCAUCCCGUCACAGCUGAUCUCCCCCACAGCCAACUCCGUCACCAGUGUGGUGGCCUCCGCGGCGGGCGCCACCGCCCCAUCCCAGCGCUCCCAGCUGGAGGCCUACUCCACUCUGCUGUCCAACAUGGGAGGGCUGAGCCAGGCCCCCCCGGGACACAAGGUUGAGCAUCAGCAGCACCUGGGCAGGGCACCGGGGCUCGUCACCCCGGGGUCCCCGCCGCCCACCCAGCAGAACCAGUACGUCCACAUUUCCAGUUCUCCGCAGAGCACCGGGCGCCCGGCCUCUCCUCCGCCCAUCCCCGUCCACCUCCACCCCCAUCCGACGAUGAUCCCACACACGCUCACCCUGGGGCCCUCCUCCCAGGUCGUCGUGCAAUACACGGACUCCGGCAGCCACUUUGUCCCUCGGGAGUCCACCAAGAAGGCCGAGGGCGGCAGGCUGCAGCCGUCCAUCCAGUCCAAGGAGGUCCUCAACGGGGAGAUGGAGAAGAGCCGGCGGUACGGGGUUCCGUCCUCGGCCGACCUGGGCCUGGGCAAAGCCGGGGGCAAGGCGGUCGCUCACCCCUACGAGUCCAGGCACGUGGUGGUCCACCCCAGCCCCGCGGACUACAGCAGCCGAGAUGCCCCAGGGGUGCGGGCCUCUGUGAUGGCUCUGCCCAACAGCAGCACGCCCGCCACAGACCUGGAAGUGCAGCAGGCCACGCACCGCGAGGCUUCGCCCUCCACCCUCAACGACAAAGGCAACCUGCACCUGGGGAGGCCAGGCCACCGCUCCUACGCUCUGUCACCCCACACGGUCAUUCAGACCACGCCCAGUGCUUCAGAGCCCCUCCCGGUCGGACUGCCCGCCACGGCCUUCUACGCAGGGACGCAGCCCCCAGUUAUCGGCUACCUGAGCGGCCAGCAGCAAGCAAUCACCUACGCCGGCAGCCUGCCGCAGCACCUGGUGAUCCCCGGCACCCAGCCCCUGCUCAUCCCGGUCGGCAGCACCGACAUGGAGGCGUCGGGCGCAGCCUCUGCCAUCGUCACCUCGUCGCCCCAGUUUGCUACAGUGCCCCCUCACACCUUCGUCACUACUGCCCUCCCCAAGAGCGAGAACUUCAGCCCCGAGGCCCUGGCCACCCCGGCCGCCUACCCGGCCAUGGUGCAGGCCCAGAUCCACCUGCCUGUGGUGCAGUCGGUGGCGUCCCCCGCGGCGGCUCCGCCCACGCUGCCCCCCUACUUCAUGAAAGGUUCCAUCAUCCAGUUGGCCAACGGGGAGCUGAAGAAGGUGGAGGACUUGAAAACGGAAGACUUCAUUCAGAGCGCGGAGAUCAGCAACGACCUGAAGAUCGACUCGAGCACUGUGGAGAGGAUCGAGGACAGCCACAGCCCGGGCGUGGCUGUGAUCCAGUUCGCAGUGGGGGAGCACCGAGCGCAGGUCAGCGUGGAAGUCUUGGUCGAGUAUCCUUUUUUUGUGUUUGGACAGGGCUGGUCGUCCUGCUGCCCGGAGAGAACCAGCCAGCUCUUUGAUCUGCCGUGUUCCAGACUCUCAGUAGGUGACGUCUGCAUCUCGCUCACCCUCAAGAACGCCAAGAAUGGCUCUGUUAAAAAGGGCCAGCCCGCAGAUGCUGCCAGUGUCCUGCUGAAGCGCUCAAAGACCGACAGCCUGGCGGGCAGCAGACACAGGUACGCCGAGCAGGAGAACGGGCUCAAUCAGGGAAGCGCUCAGAUGCUGUCUGAGAACGGUGAACUGAAGUUUCCAGAGAAGAUGGGCUUGCCCGCGGCACCCUUCUUCACGAAAGUAGAACCCAGCAGGCCCGCGGCCGCGAGGAAGAGGAGGUGGUCGGCGCCGGAGACCCGCAAACUGGAGAAGUCGGAGGACGAGCCGCCUUUGACUCUUCCCAAGCCUUCUCUGAUUCCUCAGGAGGUCAAGAUUUGCAUCGAGGGCCGGUCUAACGUGGGCAAGUAGAGGCAGAGCGGACGAGGCGCCGCGGCCGUCCCGUGCCCUUCCUUCGUAUCCAGAUUACUGUACUGUAGGCUAAAUAACACAGUAUUUACAUGUUAUCCUCUUACUUUAGAUUUCUGUUCUAACCUUGUCAUUACAGUUACAGCAGGUGUGUCGCAGGAGACUGGUGCAUACGCUUUGUCCGCGAGUGUCUGUCGGGGAGUGGCGGGUGGGCCACUGGCAGGCAGGGCAGCAGCCGGCAGGUGCCCGGGCCCGCCGGGGUCCCGAGAGAGGCCAAUGGGAAGGGACCUGCAGGGGUAGAGGGGCGUGUGCCUGUGAGGGUGCGUGGGGGCCACAGCGGGCGGGUGAGGGUCUCUCGGCCCCUGCCUCCCUCUGUGCUGCCCUCUUGCCUUCAGCGGGGGCUGGGGGUAGGGGGCGGUGCAGAGCAGCAUCCUCCUGGGGUUCCCACAUUCAAAGUCAACAUCAGGACCCCAGCUUCAGGGCAGGCGGCAGAUGGAAAGGAAAGCUCUCCGUUUCAAAGAACGUUUUUCUCUCCAACACAUUUUACAAUAAAAGCAACUUUUAAUCAUAUAGAGAUAUAUUUCCCCCUAUGGGGCCUUGACUGCACUGAUACAUAUUUCUUUUUUUUAAAGAGCAACUGCCACACGUGGGAUUUCAUUUCUGCUUUACUAGUGCAGUGAUGUCGCCAAGGGUGUCGCCGUGGGCAGGGAGGCCCUGCCCGUAUCACCCUCCCCACCCCCAACACAGCCUGCACCAUGAUGGGGGGCUGGGGCUGGGGUGAGGGAACACCCUCGCUGGUUCUGUGCAGUGCUAGGAGAACCAGUCCGAUCCUAGCCUUGUGGCUCCAGAAAGGUAGAUGCAGACCACCCAGCAGUGAGAGCACCAGGAGCUCUCGCGCUGAGUUGGCAAGUCUUUGUGUCUUUGCAGUCCUACUUAAGAGUCCAUGGCAAUGGACAGCACGGGUGCCACUGCUUUCAGAUUCCAGUGUGACACGAGGAAUUCGAUUCUGAAAAUGAGCAUAGAUUCCUGUUUUCUAAGCACUUACAAUGCCUGUCACCCUUUAUCAUCAAGCAUCUUGAUCUGUGUCAUUCAACGAGUACUGUAUCUCACUUUCAACUUUCGGGAAAGAAAAUCAACCAACACACAAAAACUAAGUUGCUUUCUUUUUUGUUUGUCAACACUGUUAACUGCAUUUCAGCUCUGCAGAGUUGCUCCCGGCAAGAUUUGGAAAGUCUCCGUGUGGUUGAAAGGGACGAACGUGAAUGACGAGCUAGUGUAUGACAGAAAAUGACCACCAAGUACUACCUGACAGGAGGCACUUGUCACUUUGAUGUUGGAGAAGGAGUGAAAGGCAUAUAUGCAGAGUUGGCAGAGAAACAGAGAGAAGGGAUGGAGAGAAGCCUCAUUUUUGUCCAGUGUUUUUCCUUUUAAGAUGAACUUUUAAAGAACCUUGCGAUUUGCACAUCUUGAGUUUAUAAUUGGUGUGAUAUUCCUGCAGUUUUUACCUAAUAACAUUGUGGGAAAGGUUUGGGGGACUGAACGAGCAUAAAUAAAUGUAGCAGAAUUUCUUUCUAAACUGCCUAAGCUCUAGGCUGUUUUAUAAGGUUAUGUUCCUUUCAGAAUUCACUUUGGUCUUUCUGCCGCCUCUGUCACAAAAAGCCAGGUCUCAGCAGGACAACCUGGAGAACUGUCUUCAGACUCACUGAGAGAGUUUUCCAUCAACAUUUGUAUUUGUGAGCAAGUUUUUUUUUUUAAAGACUUACUUUACUAUUAUUGUUAUUAAUGUUUUCAGAUGACUUUUUUUUUUCUAUUUGGAAUCCAAUCAAGAUUUCGUGUUUGGUACAAACCCAGAAAGGGUAUUUCAUAGGUUACAUCUUUCAUUCCCAAGAUAUCUGAUAUCAUUUGUGGGUUUUGAGUGCAUUUUAAAAUGCUUAAAAAAAAGGUUUUAUAAGCAGGGAGAAAUUUUUGACUGUUGUUUGGAUGGCUGCAGCUAACCUGAGAAAGUACUUACUUGAUGUUUCUGUGGCCAUUGAAAAUAGGACUUCUGCCAUUUUAUGAAUUUACAAAAGAAAAUAUGCUACCAUCAACCCACAUGUUGGCUCCCUAGGAUUCCUUUACAUUUGGUUCUCACAGGGACUAAUGAUUCUUAUAAACCAUUUUCUGGGGUGUACCAAAAACAUCUGAGUAGGUUAAGAAUAGCUAGACUCUUUCCUUGAAUUUUCUAGCCGAGCUGGUGGGGUGGGACCUGGUGGGCCCUCCCACCCUCGCGGUCACACUGCUUCUGUAGUGUUGUAUUUUUUUAAACAUUUCCGUUUAGAGAACUUGCUUAAUCUUCCAUAUAUUCUGCUCAGGGCACUUGCAAUGAAUAGGUUUUGUUUUUCCCUUUUGUUUUUUUAACCUUUGAUGGUAAGAGGACUCUGGGGCUGCCACACAGACUUUGCUCUCAGUGGUACCACUAUCUACAACUCACGUGGACUCAGAGAGACACGAUACCCCUCUUGCUUACUUUCCGUACUGAACUGACCGGAUCCACCACCCCAACACUAAAACGGGAAAACACACAUGGUUUGGAGCAAUAGGAACAUCCUCAUGCUUUUCAUGGUUCUGUUUCAGGUAUAGGAAUUGUAAAACAAUUGGUUCUUUCUAAACAUCUGUCCCAUUUCACACUCUCUUGCUUUUUUUUUUUUUUUUUUUUAGAAUGUGCAAUACUUUCCGUGCCAAUAGAAUCUGACCAGUGUGCUAUAGUGAAAGCUCAUUCCUUUUAGGCUUAUUCCUUGUUCACGUGAUCUUUCCAAUCUCUUCCCCCCCCCCGCCCUCCCCCUCCCCCCCGGUUCUGGCCAGGGAAGGGCAGCCUCCUCCCGCCUUUCCCACUGCGAGUGCUGAGUGUUGGGGCAGGAGCCUGCAGGAGCCCCCAGUGUCUGUCACCCCACUGCAGGAUGGGGCCAGCUGAGGAGACCCCGGGAGAACCACACGGAAUAGUGAUGAUGGAGCAUGGACAGGAAGGAGGCAGGUGGAUUUCUGGGGCGCACUCUGGAGCAACGUAGGCUGGAGGCGACCCAUUUUCCAUGGUCUCGAGGCCUGUGUCCUCUGAGCGUGGGGCAACAAGUGUGACCUGUUGUGUGCAUGCGUGCUGAGUGUGCUGGCCCGUGACCGUGGAGGGGACCACCUGCCAACCAUGGUCUCUGUCCCUGUAGCAGCUUUCUCUUGAAAGAGGAAGAAUGCACAGAGGGCAGAGAAGCCCCCUCUCGUCCCCCGACGCUGGCGUGCCCCUGGCUGUGGCCAGCGCUCUGUGUAGCAAACCUGUGGAUGACAGGGGUUGAAAUUCUGUAGUGCCCCUCCACUGCCAAGGAUCAGCCGCAUGCCGUGCACCAUGUCCACUUGGUAGGCGUGCCUCAGAGCCGGCUCGCAUGCUCGCUUUCUUUCCCGUUUUCCAUUUUUAAACUACUAACAGCAGGCCUUCUGUGUUUACAACUGAACACAAUCACCAAGAAAUUAGUCAGGGCGAAAAGAAAAAAAAAAAACUAAUAAUACUAUUCAUAAGAAACCAACAAACAAGAACCUCUCUGUAUAGGGAUUUCUAAAUAUAUAAAAAUGACUGUUCCUUAGAAUGUGUUUAAGAAUCUUUGAGUUUGCCUGGGCCACCUUGGGGCAGGGGGUGGGAUGGGUGUGGCGAGGGACGCCACUUACCUCAAAUCUGUGAACGUGGAGUCCAGACUGCCCUGUCAUCUGGACUUCCAGGAUCCUCGUGUGCGCGCGUCGGUUCUGGGUUUCUCUGCGCCGCGCCCACUUUGGCUUGGGGUAACCUGAGUUUGUCGGUGGCAUUGCCCCACUUGUCACAAGGAGUUGUGAGCCUGUGUGUUGUGUGUGAGGUGAGUGUGAUGGGCCCCCCUCCUCUUUUCUCCCCCCGUACAGGGAACACUCUGCGGAAACUUCACACCUCUUACUCAGGGACGGGGCUGGUGUGUGGGGUACACGGGGGUGUCCGGAAGCAGCACUUUGACUGCUCUGGAGUAGGGUUGUACAAUUUCAAGGACUGUUUGGAUUUCCUGCAUCUUGUGGAUGACUCCUUAGAUACGCAUAGAUCGCAAUAUAAUGCUGCAUGUUCGGGACGAACAGUAGCUCCUAGUAAUCCUAAAAUCCACUCUUUGCACAUAGUUUUGAUCUUUCCUGAAAUACGUUGCCAAAAUUUAUAUUUUUGGUUGUUGUCUUCGUCGUGGCUUUGGGUUUUUGUUUUUGUUUCUUAAGGAAACAAUCAAUAUCCUUUAACACCUGUGACUACUAAGGAAACCUAUUUCUUCCAUAGAGAAACAUCUUAGAUGCUUUUGAAGACACUAACACCAUGCUAUUUCAGACAUGGGUGAGGGCCCCAGGGGGGCAGAGGGCCGAGCUUUGUGUGGCAGGCUGGUUGUCAUGGCUACUGGGUCAUGAACCUGCAAGGAACCCAGCCGCCUGGUCCCUUCCCUCCCGAAGGCCACCCCCCCCCCGCCCCCGCCCUGCUCCUCCAACCUCGUCACCCUCCACGAUUCCAGGUAAAAACCGGGGCCAGGGGCCCUGUGUGUUGGGCGGUGACCCGAAAGGGAAGAGCAUUACAAACUCGGUUUGUUUUUAAAAUGGUGUGGGGGCCUUUGCUUCCACCUUUGUCUUUUUAACCCAGGAUUUCUGAAAUAGAGAACUUAAGAACACAUCAAGUAAUAAAUACACAGAGCAUAUACUUUUUUUUAAUGAAGCACAGGCAUAGGCUAUUGUGUUGGGCUGGUUUCCACCCAUUUCCACAGUGUUCUAUUUCUGUUGGUAGGGAAGGUCCAAACGAGUUGCACACCUCUACUUCGGAGCUGAGAUUUCUUUGACAUAGAUGACCUCGCUUCAGAUUUGUUACCUUACCGAUAGGAUCUGUUCUUGUAGUACUAUACCUUGUGGGAAGGUUUUUUUUUUUUUUCUAAUGUACACCUAAUUUGAGAAGCUGAAGAAAACGAAUUUUGAAGCACUCACUUUGAGUACAGGUAAUGUUUAAAAAAAAUUGCACAAAAGAAAAAUGAAUGUCGAGACGCUUCAUUCAGUGUUUGAAAGAUACGGAUCUGUUGAAACGAGUUUCAUAGUUUGUUUGUAAAAAAAAAAAAAAACAGCAGAGAAGGGUUGAAAGUUCCAUGUGGUUUUUUUUGUUUUUUUGUUUUUUUUUUUUGUACAUAGAAAUGUGUCAUGAUGUCUAAGUGAUCAGCUGUGUAUGGUUCUGGCCUGGAAGAAUUCUUACGUAAAAGGCUCUUAAACUAGACCUGUGCUUCCUGUUGCGCUGUUCACAGCGCCCCGCCUGAGGGAGGGGACUGGACUCUGCUACUCAGAAGACUGCUCGUUCCUGCGCUCAGUGCUUCCCUGAGCUCCCUUGUUAGUCGCCACUCUUAAGCCAUUGCAAUUCCUUGUCCUCCAGAGGUGAUGUCUGACCUUCUCAGCACUUCUUGUUCCUCUAAACCCAAAGAAUAUAACCCUGAACAGGAAGUGUUUGUAACAAGUGAUCCUAGCUACCAAGAAAACAGGAUUCAUUAUGGGGACAGAAAACCCACAAUUGGUUAGCCGUCUUCGAAGCCCCAACCACCCCCCCCCCCACCUCAUUUAAGUGGUUAAAUGGAAACACCUUUAUUAAGUGGUGAAAUCAAUUGAAACAACUCAUUUUUUUUAUUUUAAAAAGAGGCCAAGAUCAAUAUGGAACUUCUCAGAAGUCAUUUUAUUGUCCAAAAACCAGGCUGGAGGACAGCUGUGGGUGAGUUAGCAAACUACCCCCCCCCCCCCCCCCGCAGCUCUUCAAUUCAGAAUCUCCCCUCCCUUCUUGGCUGGGUGCAGCUGCUCUGGUUGCUAACAUCCACCUGUACCAGGGCAGCAGGAAACAGCGGCUUCGGUUUUUCACGUCCCCAUGACUUGCAUACAAACGGUUCAACUUGUAUUAAAAAGAAAUGCAUUUGGCCAAUCGGUAGACCCUCUGCAGUAACAGUCUCUUAAGAAUCCCCAAGGACUUCCCUUGUCUGAAAGGACUCCAGUCUUCCACUGCAGAUUCAUUGGAGACUUCACCCACCCCCACCCCUCCCUACCCCUCCCCCUUCAGUUCAUUUGUCCGUUUGCUGUCUGGAUGGCCCAUGAGCUUGUCUCCUUUUCUGUGGCUACUCGGAAGGCCUCCGUGGCAAGCGCUGUUUACAGUGAUCCUUACCAAGAUAACCCACGGUACUCCAGAAUUUCUAAGGCCGAGGUGGCACUAGCUUAGGGCUGUGGGCUACCAAGAGCACCACCCACAAGCGCCAUGCACAGACUUCCACCUGUUCUUUACAAUCUGGCGCAGGAUUGGGGCAAAUCCUUUUGUCGGUGAACUCGACACCUGUGCAUCCGGUUGUCCGAGUGCUGCCCUCUUGGCUGGGACUCGUCCUCCCCAGCCUGCACUGCUCCACUGCAAACCCGAGUCCACUGAAGGAGGUUCCAGUAGAGUCCUUGUCAGUAUUGGUGGUGGCCUUCCGAGCAGACAGCACCCUCCUCCUCUCUCAACAGCAAGGUCCCGGCCUCAGAGCCAUGUCCGAGAUUGGUCCCACUGGGUGUCCUAGUUUAGGGUGGGCACCUGCCCAGCCUCCACUCAUAUGCCUCUCACAGGCCAAGGGAAAUCAGAUCCCAGCACUUGGGUUGAGGGCACUACCAGACUGGAGAUGGAGGGAAGGAAUGAUGUUUUGCACCUUAUUGAAAAGAAAAUUUUAAGUGCAUACAUAGCUAAGAGCUUUUAUUGUGACAGGAGAACUUUUUUCCAUAUGCGUGCAUACUCUGUAAUUCCAGUGUAAAAUAUUGUACUUGCACUAGCUUUUUUAAAACAAAUAUUAAAAAAAUGGAAGAAUUCAUAUUCUAUUUUCUAAUUGUGGUGUGUCUAUUUGUAGGAUACACUCAAGUCUGUUUAUUGAAUUUUAUGGUCCCUUUCUUUGAUGGUGCUUGCAGGUUUUCUAGGUAGAAAUUAUUUCAUUAUUAUAAUAAAACAAUGUUUGAUUCAAAAUUUGAACAAAAUUGUUUUAAAUAAAUUGUCUGUAUACCAGUACAAGUUUAUUGUUUCAGUAUACUCGUACUAAUAAAAUAACAGUGCCAAUUGCAAA